CUUGCAAUGGCCUCUCCGGAGAGGAUGCUGCCCGGACCGGCCGCGCUGCUCUGCUGCCUCUGCUCCCUGCUGCUCCCCGCCCACGCCAAGGGCCCAGCCCCCAGCCCCGAGCCCGCCGAGCCCGCUGGUGCCGUCCUGCUGCCCGUGAGCUACCGCCUGUCCAACACCCGCCUGGCCUUCUUCCUCAAGGAGCUGGGAGCCAGCCCGGCGGGCAACGGCAGCGCCCCUCUGCAGCGCUCCGAGCCCUUCGUCGUCUUCCAGACCAAGGAGCUGCCCGUCCUCAACGUCACCCUGGGGCCCUUCAGCACGGGGCUGGUGCUGCCCAAGGAGCACCUGCAGCCCUCCAGCACCCUGGAGGUGCCCGACCGCCUCACCGUCAACUGGAAGGUGCGCGCCUUCAUCGUCCAGCCCCGGCUGGUGGCCAGCCAGCCCGUGGUCCAAGUGCUCUUCUACGUGGCCGGCCGGGACUGGGACGACUUCGACGUGACGGACCGGCUGCCCUGCGUGCGGCUCCACGCCUUCCGCGACGCCCGCGAGCUCAAGAGCUCGUGCCGGCUGCGGGGCAGCCUGGCCAUGUGCCUGGUGCAGGCCGAGCUGCCCCACGCCUGGUUCGGCCCCUCGGCCGCGCCGCUGGGCAGGAGGAAAAGCCCCGAGAGCCUGGAGGUGGUGCCGGGGGAGAGCCAGCAGGCCGAGCUGUACUACACCCUGCACGCGCCCGACGGCGCCGGACAGUGCCUCGGGGACGCGGCCGCUCGCCACGGCGCUCGGACCGAGGGUCCCACGCAGCACCCGCUGCUGCGCAUCGGCAGCGUCAGCCUCCUGCAGCCCCCGCCCGGGCCCGCCCUGCAGGAGCAUCACCUGGAUGGAAACGUCUUCAUCCGCCUGCCCGACAAGCCCCUGAAGCCAGGGGAGGUGCUGAGCAUCCUCCUCUACCUGAUGUCCAACUCCACGGUGGAGCACUUCACCCUCAGGGUGAAGGCCAAGAAAGGUGUGAACCUGCUCAGCACCAAGUCCAGGAGCGGGCAGUGGCUGGUGAGCUCGGAGCUGCUGACGGGUGGCAAACACUCCACUGCCACCGUGGACGUGUCCAGGGUGGACGGGGCUGGGCCCAGGGAUGGGGACUCCUCCUCUGAGAUCAUGCAGCUGGAUUUUGAGAUGGAGAACUUCACGAGCCAGUCGGUGACGCGUCGCAUCAUGUGGCACAUCGACUACCGGGGCCGCAACCCCCCGCCCGACCUGGAGAAGGUGGUCACGGAGCUGACAGUCAUCCAGAGGGACAUCAGGGCCAUCGUGCCCCUGGCCAUGGACACAGAGAUCAUCAACACAGCCAUCCUGACGGGGCGCACGGUGGCCAUUCCCGUCAAGGUCAUUGCCAUCGAGCUGAGCGGCGUCAUCGUGGAUGUCUCGGCCAUGGUGGAGUGCAAGUCCAACAACGAGGACAUCAUCAAGGUUUCCAGCAGCUGCGACUACGUCUUCGUCAGCGGGAAGGAGUCGCGGGGCUCCAUGAGCGCCCGGGUCACCUUCACCUACGAGCACCUGUCGGCCCCGCUGGAGAUGACGGUGUGGGUGCCCAAACUGCCCCUGCACAUCGAGCUCUCGGAUGCCCGGCUGAGCCAGGUCAAGGGCUGGAGGGUGCCCAUCCUGCCGGACAGGAGGUCGGUGCGGGACAGCGAGCACGAGGAGGACGAGGAUGAGCGUAAGCAGAGCCGGGGCUGUGCCCUGCAGUACCAGCACUCCACGCUGCAGGUCUUCACCCAGUUCCACACCACGGCGGCUGAGGGCACGGGCCAGGUGGUCACCAUGCUGGGGCCGGACUGGCUGGUGGAGGUCACCGACCUGGUCAGUGACUUCAUGCGUGUGGACGACCCGCGGGUGGCCCACAUGGUGGACAGCUCCACGCUGGCCGGGCGGGAGCCAGGCACCACCCUCUUCAAGGUGGUGUCCCCACUGGUGGAGGCGGUGCUGGGCGAGACGCUGGUGACGGUGGCGGAGGAGAAGGUCAGCAUCACGGACCUGAAGGCCCAGGUGGUCUCCAGCCUCUCGCUGUCCCUCCACCCCAGCCCUGGCAACAGCCACACCAUCAUUGCCCGCACCUCCGUGCAGCAAACCCUGAGCUUCUUCAAGCAGGAAGCGCUGCUGAGCCUGUGGAUUUCCUACAGCGACGGCACCACGGCCCCCCUGUCCCUCUACGACCCCAAGGACUACAACCUGGUGGUGAGCAGCCUGGACGAGAAGGUGGUGUCGGUGACCCAGGACCGGGCGUUCCCCUUGGUGGUGGCGGAGAGCGAGGGCGCGGGGGAGCUGCUGCGGGCGGAGCUGGUCAUCUGCGAGAGCUGCCAGAAGACCAAGCGCAAGAGCGUCCUCUUCACGGCCUUGGCCACCGUGCGCGUCCACUUCGGGUCCGAGGAGGACCCCACCUACGACUACGACCACGUGUCCAGCCGGCCGGGGCUGGGGGAGGCCGGGGCGAGCACCACCCUGCGGGCAGAGGUGGACAGGAAAGCGGACCCGAGCGAGGACAGCCGGAUGUCCAGCGCGUCUCACCCCACCGAGGACUUCCCCACCAUCCCCACCGGCUUCGUGCAGGUGACGCGGGGGCUGACGGACCUGGAGAUCGGGAUGUACGCCCUGCUGGGCGUCUUCUGCCUGGCCAUCUUGGUCUUCCUCAUCAACUGCAUCGUCUUUGUGCUGAAGUACCGGCACAAGCGCAUCCCGCCGGAAGGCCAGACCAACAUGGACCAUUCCCACCACUGGGUCUUCCUGGGCAACGGGCAGCCCUUGCAGGCUCACAAUGACCUCUCCCCGCAGCCCGAGAGCCCGGGGAACCCGCUGGAAAACGUGCAGACCUGCUGCCACGGGGACCACCACAGCAGCGGGAGCUCGCAGACCAGCGUGCAGAGCCAGGUGCACGGGCGCGGGGACGGCUCCUCGGGGGGCUCCACGCGGGACCAGAGCGAGGACCCGCUCAACUCACCCACCUCCAAACGGAAGCGGGUGAAGUUCACCACGUUCGCCACCAUGCCCUCGGACGAGCUGGCCUACAACUCCAUCCCCAUCGCCGACGAGGAGGACUUGGAAUGGGUGUGCCAGGACAUGGGGCUGCAGGACCCCGAGGAGCUCCACAACUACAUCCGCAGGAUCAAGGAGAUCGCUUAACGCAGGGGCAGCGGGGACGGGGCGGGAGGGAGGGGCUGCCACGCUGUGCCACGCCACGCCACGCCGUGCCACGCCGCGCCACCACGCUUCCCCGGGGCCGGACACCCGCGUUCGGCUCCUUCUUCCGCACAUCUCACGUCCUCACCCCGUCCAGAGGCACCUCCGGGGUGGCCUUUUUUCAGUUCUCGCCCUUUCCCCGCUGGGUGUCCCAGGGGAGGCAGCAGCACACGCGUGGCCCCCCAGCCACCGGCGCACAGGGCAGAGGGCAUGGGGUCACAGCUCAGGGUGUGCGUGUGGCCCUGGCAGGAGGAGGCUGUGGGUCCUGCCGGGAAGGGGCUGGGGAAAAAGGAGGGACCCCAUUUGCCCCCGGAGCCCAGCGGGGAGGUGGUGGGUGAGGGCUUCCCAAGGGCCUCCCCCAGCCUUUGCUGGGCUCAGUUGCACAAUUUUGGAGGUGAGUGCUGGGUCACCCCGUGGGUUUUGGGGUGUUGACCCGCGCUGGGUGAUGCUGGGGGAGGCAGGAUUGGGGGGCACAAUGUCCACGGGCCCAUGGCACUGCUGUCCCCAUCACCUGCUGUGCCCCAGCCCCAAAUUCCUGCUGUGCCCCGUCCCCUGGCUGCUUGGGCAGUUUGGGGGUGACCAGUUGGGCCAUUUGCUGCCCACCCUGCCUGUCCCUCUGUCCCAGCCAUGGGGCCAGUGCUGGUCUCCCUCCACCCCACAGCCCUGCUGGGCCCUCCAGGGGCAGCCACUGGUUUGUGCCCCCUCUCCAGUGCUGGAAUGUGGCUCUGGGAUGGGAAUGUGGCACCUGGCCUGUGUGUCCCAGUGCCAGCCCAGCUCCCCCAGUGCCAGCCCAGCUCCCCCAGUGCCAGCCCAGCUGUCCCAGUGCCAGCCCAGCAGGGAUGCCCGGGGCCAGGCUCAGCCUGUGUGGUGCCUUCUGACUGCCAUAACCCGAUGCCUCCCGGUCCCCCCGUGCUGGUGGCACCUCCCAGCCCCUCUGGCUCACCCGAGGGGCACCCCCAGCCCAGGGCACCCCAUCUCCCAGCCCAGUGUGGAGCAUCCCCAGCCUUGGGGGGACACCUGGGUACCAGGGCUGGCAGGCUGGGGACGCUGGGCUGUGCAAUUGUCCCCAUGGGCACCGAGCAUGUGGGGACAGGGACCCCCCCAGCAUCACCCGGUGGAGGUUGGCAGCGGAUUAUUUCUGGAUCGAAAGUUACCCACCACUGUGUCUCUCUUUUUUUUUUUUUUUCUUUUUCCUUUUUUCCUUUUCUUUUUUUUUUUUUUCUUAAAUAAAA